AAGUUACAUCGAUAUCCGAUAUUUGUUGAUUUACUGGUAUUUGGUUGUAGUUUGACACUCGAGGCUAAGUAGCGUCAAAGUGGCUUGUGUUGUGCGUCGAGCCCAUUCAUAUUCCGUCAAUGGAGUGUUGUAUUGUAUCCGCAUUGUGGUAUGUGAUUCCAUUUUAUUUCCUGAUUAGCUUGCUGUGCCUCAUAUUCGGGGAUGCGGACUUGACUUUGCAGUGGGCUUGUUUGACAGGACACAGGCCAGAGAAAAAGCUGAAAGGACUGGUUGUGUGGAUCACUGGAGCCUCCAGUGGCAUUGGAGAGGAGCUUGCCUACCAGCUGGCAAAGUGUGGCUCACAUCUCAUUCUAUCAGCUCGACGUGAAGAUGAGCUGAAAAGAGUGAAACGUACCUGUUUAGAGCACUCCGAAAUCCAGGACAAAGACAUACUUGUCCUACCACUUGAUUUGUUGGAGAGAGCUUCGCAUGAGAAAAAGACACAAACUGCAGUGCAGUACUUUGGACAUAUUGAUAUUCUGAUUAACAAUGGAGGCCGAUCCCAGCGCUCUCUCUUCUUGGAGACCAGUGUUGAUGUGUACCAGGCCAUAAUGGAGCUCAACUUCCUGGGUACAGUCUCCUUGACCAAGCAAGUCGUACCUCACAUGACGCAGCGUGGUACUGGGAGCAUAGUGACUGUCAGCAGUGGGGCUGGCCUCGCUGGGCUGCCCCUGGCAACAGGAUACUGUGCCAGCAAACAUGCUCUGCAGGGCUUUUUUAAUUCCCUCCGGACCGAACUGGCUGACUAUCCGAAAAUUCUUGUCAGCACAGUGUGUCCAGGGCCUGUGCAAUCUCAGAUUGUCCACAACGCCUUUACAGAAGAAAUGAACAAGUCUGUGCCCACACCUGGUGAUCAGGAAUACAAGAUGCCUACAAGCCGCUGUGUGCAUCUAACGCUGGUUGGAAUUGCAAACGGCGUCAAGGAAAUGUGGAUUUCUCAGCAGCCUUUCCUUCUGUUUUACUACGUGUGGCAGUACACUCCGACAAUAGCCUGGUUCCUCACUAACAUGUUGGGGAGGAAAAGAGUAAAAAACUUCAAAGCUGGCAUGGAUGCAGAUUCUGCAUACUUCACUAAACCAAAGACAUCCUGAAAUCAAAUGUGUUGAACCUUCCUCAUGACCAACCAGGACAAAGAGGAAGGUUUACCUGGGAAUGUUUGUAGAAGAAACAAGUGUAAAGAUACAACAAUCAACCUGAAAUCUUUUAGAUUCUGUAAACUGCUAUGGAGGAGAAGCAAACACCUAAGAAUUAAUACGCACUUGAUUGAUUUGUUUGCUUAAUAAAAUUAAAGAAAAUUAAAAUUAAUAAAGUUUUUAGCAUCA